CUGAGCGCACAGGGCAAAAUUUAGUAUGUCUGGAAAAUUCCUUAGGGUGUUUGCGAGUGGUUUGUGUAUAUGCCCUUAAAAAGUCUACGAUACACGCCAGUGUCAUGUAAAUUGGUAUGUCUUGCAAGCGUUAACUGCUGUCAAUGAGGUCGGUCUGCUUCAACUGGCUGGUCUUGUGACUGUGUUCGUCUUUUUUUCUCCUCUUCGAUUUUUUUUUUUUUGGCAUGCAAAGAAAACCUAUAGAUCACCUACACCAUGCCAGCCACGGAACCUACCGCCAAGGCAGAGAAACGUACCAACUCACAAAAGACUGAUUCCAGCACAGUCACUGCACCGGUUGCAAAGAAACGAAAGCUGACUCCAGCCGAGGCGCUCAUUAAAUCUAUGACGGCCAGAAAGGCGAUCGCUUCACUAAAAAAACCCACUGGAACUCAUGUCACGUUCGGCGACAAUGCCGAGGUGAUCGAGAAGAAAGUGGCUGCUGCUAUACCGGAAGAAAGUCAAAAGAAGAAGAGUAAGAAGCAGAAGAAAAGACCUAGUAGCGAAGUAUCGGCAACGACGUCCACGGCUUCGAUAUUCCAAAAUGGCAGCACAGGGUCUAUUCUACCCACUAAUCCAGCAAUUGACUAUUUGCGGACAUGGAAGUCAGAUCGAUCAGAGUGGAAGUUUCAAAAGGUGCGACAAAUUUGGCUACUGGCUAAUAUGUACGAUGAAGUGAAGAUAAGCGAUGAAGAUUUUGCGAUUUUAUUGGAAUACGUGCAGGAUUUGAAAGGGAAAGCGAGACAGGUAAGAAUUAUGGUUGUUUAUGGUCAGGCAGCUCUGUGUGUCUUACCUCCUAGCUUUGCAGGUUACAAUUGAAGAGGCCACCCAAAUCCACCAACAAUACCCCGAUCAGGAUGACUCUGAGUCUGAAACAGACCAGCGAACAGGUGGUGUGGAGGAGGAUGACGACGAAUUUGAUGCUGAAAAGAUGAUGGCUAAGGCUCAAAAGCAGGCGCAGAGUGCCAAGGCGCAAGAGCAAAAGCAGGAACACCAAGUGGCCAAAAGGAAGGCUCAAAGAGCGAUGGAGAUAUUGCGAACCUUGUCAUAAGCGCCGCCCCAGUCCUACAUACCACAGCAGCCAACAAGCAAUAGAGAGUGUAAUAAAAAAAAUGCCAUUUGAUACGAUGACGCUACUACGUAAACAAUAAGGGG